GGAUGCUUCUCGAAGCUUCUGGGACCUUCUCGAAACCUCUCGACGAUGAGACCCCAGCAACAGAGGGAAGCAAUGGAAAAGCACCACAUCAACAUCCGGGCGAAAGGAGGCAGCGGGAGUGGCUGAAGCCUUGAACCGUGAAGGAUAAAGAACAGCCACCCAAAGACCCCGUGUGUGCAUCUUGGGUGGAGCAGAGAUUUCGUGGUGCACCCAGCACUGUUUCUAUCUCUUAUCGCUUGUUCAAUCUUAUGGAUUUAUAUAUUUGCGGUUUGAAAAGAGAUUGGCUCACUCAUUGAUAACGAGUACAAGAGAAUCAACAUAAAGCUAAGUUGCAUUUGAACACUGAAUUAGGGCCUUCAACGGUUUUCAUAAACAGGCUAAGAAGGGCUUGUUUAUUACAGGAACUGGCUACUGCUCUGGCUAAGCAACUGGAAGAUAACAGACUGUAAACUAGGAGAGGAUUAUUUCUCUUGUUUGCAAGCAGGUUACAUCAGGAAAAGCCCCACCAACAAUGGAUUUAAAGAAUCAGGGCCUCCUUCUUAACCUGGGCCAUGCUGCAUGUAAAGAAAGUUUCUGUGCCUAUUUUGCCCUUCUUACCGUCACCAGUGCACAAUUGAGAUGAGCAACAGAGCAGCACCCAUUUACACACACCCACUGUUGAUUUCGGAGCCUGUUUGGUGGCAGCAUGACUGUAGGGCUGAUUUUGCACACGUGUUGCUGCACGGGAAAACACCCCUGGGCCAGAGGCAGCUUCCAGGGAGCACGCAGGCUUGUGUGGCAAACCUGGCCUCCAGUAGGGCAAAGCACAUUGUGCUGUUUACCAGCCAAGGGAAAUGGCUUUCUGUUAGAGAGCAGAGGCAGCCAUAACUUGCAGACACUGCCCUCUACCAGCACCUCUUUCACUCAGCCAACCAUCCCCGCAUGCUGUAGUUUUUACCUCAGAAGUUUAAAGAAAAACGAUAAAACCCAGGGUGUACCGCUUUGUACCACAGACAUCACAGGGUGAAGCUCCCCGGCCACACCAGCAGCAGCCCACUCAACCACGGCUCGGCACCCUGCAGCUUCUUCCUGCUCUUCCCGUCGUGGCCGGGCAGGACCAGCGGCAGAGCAGUGCCGCUGAGGGAAGGAAGGAAGCUCAAGUGAAGCCCACCCGGAGCAGCCGCUCUGCCUCAGGCAUGGCGGCGUCAGGGGAACCCUGUGGGAGUCCGACCCCAGCGCCACCGCUGGCGCAGCGGCAGGGCUGUGGCGCCCCCUAGCGGCGGCUCGAGAGUGAACGGACGGGACGGGUGGCGCAUGCGCGUUGUGACGGCACCGGGAUGGAGCGGGCGCGCACGGCGGGGCUGGCUCGGGACGUGCUGGAGCGGGCGCGGAGGAGGCGGCGGCCGGCGGAACGGGAGCCACAGCCGGCCUCGGACCCGGUCAGUGCCGCGGGCGGCGGAACGGGAGCCACAGCCGGCCUCGGACCCGGAGGAAGAUUCAGAACGUCUCAAUGCAGCUUUCGUUUCAAUUGUGAACUUGAUGAAUCAAGCCUCAAAGGAAUGUGAGUAUUAUAGCUCUAUGGCAACCUGUACAUGCAAAGAGCAUGAAAUCAAACACAUCUGUAGAUACCAUGCCAGGCAAGCAGAGAAAAGAGAGCUGGAGUCCUGUGAAGAAAAGGGGGCUGAAGCAUCUGUACCACCCAGUCAAGCUCAAACUUGCCAGCAAUGUGCUAGAGAAGGUUCUGAAGACAUCUACAUUGAAGUUUCUCCUGGCUUCUAUUCUGUCACAGCAACCUCAGAAGACAUGGUGCAACAAACCCACAUGGUGGAUGUCCAUGCAGGACAAAGUAUUGAUUUAACUUUUGUUCUAUGACAUUUGUUGUUUCUUGGCUAUCACAGGAAUAAAAUAUGAUGCUGUUUUAAUGCAUGAAAUUAACUAUGAAUAUAUUUUUCUUGUUAGCACUUUAA